AUGUCAUUGUCUCAGGAUGCAGCAUCCGGGGGGAGAACCUGUUUCCCACCAGCCAUAAUCCUGCCUGAACCUGGAAACUCGCUACAGGAAAGCUCAGAGGAAAAUUGUCUCGAAAAAAAUAGACCUCACAGUCCAUCCUUCAGAAGCAGCCGUCCGUCAAGAUCCUCCUCCUCUUCCACCGGUUCCCUGAUAUCCGUCGAUAAGACUGGGCAGGUGAUUGACCUGGUACAUGACAAUCUCCCUGAUGUCAGGAUAUCAGAGGAGGAUAAGCAGAAAAACCUGGAGUUAUUGGAAGAGGCAAAGAAAGUCAGUGAGAGAUUCCUAACCCGACGGGGGAGACGCUCACGAUGCAGCCUCUCCGAAUCUCCCACAGUCUCGUCCCCAUCGCUGAGCCCCAGAGUGUCUCCUGUCCCAUCCCGGAGUAAUUCCUUCACUUUCCCAACAGUACCAGGUCCUGAAUUAUAUCCCAACGUGUGCCCUGGAACCGCAGCCUUAUUGCAGAAUGCCACAAAGGGAUUAACAGAUAGGAAGCAGAACGAUCAGAGGAAGAUCUCUCAAGGAAGGCUAACUCCUCGUCCUCAUAGCUUUGUACCAGCCUCCAAAGAGACUCUUUCUGAGCAGAAGGAAAACUUUGACCCUCUUAAGCACAUGAGCAAUAUGUACAAAGCUGGAUCCUCAGACAGCUGCAAACCUUCCUUGGGUAAGACCCUCAAUAGUCCUGAACAAGAUUUUGGGAAAUCAAUUCUGAAGAAACCUAAAGAAACUGAUCCACCGCGAGGCCACCACUUACAGGUGCCUGCUGUUCCUAGUGUGGGGUUCCACGUACAAGGUCCUCCUCAACUGACUUCUGAUUCCAACUUUGUAUCUCGAGUUGAACUUCUGUCUGCUGGGAACCGGCCUCCUUUAUUGAGAGCCCUUUCUUGGGACAGCGUGGCGCCAGAACAUAAAAUUAAAUCAAGUUUGGAGUUACCCGACAAGGACCCACUUUCCAGUCAAUAUAAAAGUAACGAUAAACUUCCAAAAUUUACAGAGCUGAAGGAUUUUCAUAUUCAACCGGUACGACUUCAGAAACUGACCAAGCUGAGAGAGGAAAACAAGCUGCUGAGAAGUCAGAUCCUCACAGGACAGAAGCUCCCGGAUCUCAGUGAGGCGGCUGAACAGGAAAGAGGCCCUUCUCCUGUCCACUGUCUGUCCGCCGAUGAAGAAGAAGAGGCUAAGGGGGAAUCGGAUGUGAUGCCCAAUAUCCCAGAUAUCUUGUUACGAAAGCUGCGCGUUCACAAAGGCCUUCAGAACAGUGCACCGGCGCUGACGGAAAAGGAAGUAGAGAACGUGUUUGUCCAGCUGUCCCUGGCGUAUCGGAAUGACAGCUACACGCUGGAAUCGCGGCUGAAUCAGGCUGUGAGAGAGCGGAACCUGACGGAGGAAAAUAAUGAGAAGGAAUUAGACAACUUUAAGGCAGCUGUGGUGUCCUCGGUGUCGCUGUGGCAGAAUAGCGAGCAGCGGGAGGAGUACCAGAAGUUGCUGGAGGACAUUGCUGUGCUUCACCGUCUCACCACCAGACUCUCCAGCCGAGCGGAGAUGGUUGGAGCUGUGCGACAGGAAAAACGUAUGUCCAGGGCCACAGAAGUCAUGAUGCAGUAUGUGGAGAACCUGAAGAGGACGUAUGAGAAAGACCACACGGAACUAAUGGAAUACCGGAAACUCGCUAAUCAGAACUCUAGCCGGAAUUACAGUGGAUCCGAAGACGGCGUCCCUCGCUCCUCCCGCUCUAUGUCGCUGACCAUUGGCAAGAACAUGCCCCGCAGAAGAGUCAGCGUUGCUGUCGUCCCAAAGUUUAAUUUACUGAACAUCCCAGGGCAGUCCCCGAACACCUCUCCCAUCCCUGCACUGUCAUCUCUUGCGGAAUCCCCCAGCGGCAGAAACAGUCUACCAGCGUCCCCAGCGCUCUCUCCGCUGAUAGAAAAUGGAAAGCCCGCUGUGGAUACAGAUGGUCCUGAGAUGCAGAUGCCAGUGAUGGGAGCAAACUGUCCUGAGGACAUCAGUGCAGAGAUUAAGGCUAAGAUAGAGGAGGAGGCUUUUAACAAGGGGUAUCAAGAAGGUUUGAAAAAGGUUCAAGUUCUUCAGGAAUUUAAAGAGGAAGAUGAGGAGAAGUUAAGUGAAAAUCCAGCGGAGGAGAAAGAAGAGGAGAAAGAAGAAUUCGCCAAGCUGAAGGGCAGUAAAAUUGAAGAAUGCAUUGACUAUCUCCAUAUGCUGUAUCCCAAACUACUCAAGCAUUGGAGCGCCUUCUCCAUUGUGGCAGCUGGGAUAGUCCUACUGGCCGUCCUGUUGAGUAUUUACAAUUCCUUCUCAUCAUGCACUGAACUCCCAGAUAGUGGUCAUGGCAAGGCCACGUGCUCUGUGCCUCAGAAAUAUUCCUGGUGGACUUCAGGUUCUCAGCACAAACAGCGGAGGCAGUAGAAGGCGCUGGGCAGGUUUUCACACGACUGAUCCAUACACCACUGUGGAGCGACUACCAUGUAUGGUUGGAUAAAUGGUUGGACAAGUGAAAGGACAAAUAGGGCUAUUUUUUAGAUUAUUUGCCAGUUGCCUACACAAGACAAAUGUUGCUUCAUCACAUUAUAUUAUGACAAAAAGUAAUCGUAAUGGCCACAUUUGGGGUGUCCAACCUCUAAUGCAUGGAUUGUCAUGAACAGUAUAAUAGUGGAAUCCAUAGAUGGAAGAUUAAUGUCCAACCUCUAAUGCACAGGUUGUCCGGAAUGGUAUAAUAGUGGAAUCCAUAGAUGGAAGAUGAGUGUCCAACCUCUAAUACACAGGUUGUCCGGAACAGUAUAAUAGUGGAAUCCAUAAAUGGAAAAUGGGUGUCCACCCUCCAAUGCACAAGUUGUCUGGAACAGUAUAAUAGUGGAAUCCAUAGAUGGAAGAGUCUCAGGCUGCUCCCUACUGUAUGCUAUUUCAGGCUACUAUGUAUCUCCUAAGGCUAUGUGAUGAGUGUAUGAAUUAUUAUUGAGUACCAAAGUCAGUGGUGGUCCUACUGCUGCUAAUAUGGGUCCUGGCCCUGUCAGGCUAACCUCUCAGGGUUCCAGCUCAUGUCCAGAAGAGGACCCCUUUCUUCUCUACUUAGAGCUGUACAGGGCUUGGAAGGCUGGAUCUGCAUUGCCAGGCUCUCCAUAAUAUUUUACCAAUAGGGCCAGUGAUGCAGUGUUCCACUACCCGAACAAAGCUAUACAGUGCCAUAGGGGGUUCCAAAAAGUGUAUAUCUCAUUGUGUAUUUAAGAAGGGUGCCAGACACAUGGACAUUGUACUAAAUGAAUAACUGAAGAUCAAUAAAAUACACACGAAAAAAAAACAAUGUGCAAAAAUUAAACCUGAAAUAUUACCACAGCCACAAUAAGAUAUUUUUGAAUGCCUACAUAGCUUGUCUCACAUAGUGUCUAGCAACAUUUAGUUUCCUGAUAUGAGGGUCCCAGAUGGAGAUAAUUUUUUCCUAAAUAUUUCAAUAAUGGAAAGCUCAGGAUUAUACUGUAGCUGCUGCUUAUUCCAAGUUACGCUCUGGUCCGAUUAUCUUGGCAUAGGAACUACUUGCUGGAAUCCGGUUCAGCAGUUAGAGAUUUAUUGAUUCCAUUAAACUGACCUAUGAUGAACUCUGACCCAAACUGGAUUAUAGGCACAUUAGGCAGACUGAGUUCUUUCUUUAAAGGUCAUUUGUGUAGCUUUGUGGCUGUCACCAGUGUGAUAGCCGGGCAGCGGCAGGUCCGUCAGCAAUUUUAAAGCAUUGCACGCCAGGCCAUCUCAUCACAUAAGCAAGCAGUUUAUUCACAGUUCAGACAGGGUUAUCACGAUAACAUUUGAUUUCUUAUUCUCCUCUCUUCAGCAUAAUAUUCAUAUGGGUUACAUCAGGUUACAUUUCUUUUAAUUUAAUGUGACAGCAUUACAAUACAUACCAGUGCAGUCUCUGGGAAUCAGUAGUGCGGUGACCGCAAACUGAGAUUCAUUUCGGUGAGUUUUCCCCCAAUUCGCUUGGGGAUAUCUGCAGUCUAUAUAAACGGGAUCUCUCAUGGACACGUCACUGGGGGCCUUCUGCCACACGUGGUUUCCUACCACCCAGGUAGUCCUCUCCCGAAGACUCACACCUCCCGUCUUGCUUCUUGGGUACCCCUGAAGGUGGGGAUCCCCUUUGUUUCUUCCACUGAUUGCUCAUGCUGUUGCUGCUCUCACACUGCGAAUCUGGAUUUCUGUUGCUCUUCCUAGCAGCACCUACAUGCUGCUCCAUAAUGCCAGGGACUGUGGAGUACCAUGCCUGUUCCACAGCCCUUGCAUGGGGUCUCCUCCCUGGUCACUUAGCCUGUGCUUUCCAUCUCAGUCCUCAGUUCACACUGCACUCUCGCCUGUGCUUUGUUCCUUGUCCUAAAAAAACCCUACACUUUCUGUCCUAACCCCCUACAUGUGGCAGGGUCUGCCAGAACUGGUUUUGGGGCCAUAAACUCCCCCACUCACUGAUAAGAAUCAAAUGGCUUUUGGAACUUUCCAAUAUCUUAACAUUCCAGUAUGCCACACCAGCAUGUAUCGCUUGUAGGGAUCAGGGGGAUGAAUCUGGAACCCCAGAGAAAUGCGUCAAGGACAAUAUCCACAAUAUAUGUUGAGCACAUCAUCUGCAGUUUGACUCUCAUUUUUUCUUGGUAAGAGAUUUGGGUCAGUGGUCUGUAUUGGACUGUUCAAUGCUCCAAUGUACUCCUGGGCUUCCCAUGAUUGACAUAUUCAAUAAGGAUGCAAAGUACCUCCAUACAAAACCCAUAUGUUAUAGCUGUGGCUAGAUACUGAGGUGAGCUAUGUAUGUAUUGAAUAGCUGGUGAUCAUAUACAUUGUGUACAUGUUUUUAGACAAGUAAAAUGUUUUUAGAAGGAUUAUUGUGGUUCAGUUAUGUGAUUAGUCACUGCCUCGGCUCUUCUUAGUGCCAUUCCUUCCUAGCAGAGGUAGCUAUGACCAUACUAAUGAGAGAUUCUGUGUGUCUGUGCCAGAGAACUUUCACCCUGUGUUACAAGAACAUUGUGUUGAUAGUUUGUUGAGCAGGAGUCAGUAUGGUUAUUGUACGUGUAUGAAUCAGUCACAAGUUCCCUGAAUAUACUUGAAAAUGGGAGUAAUCACAAAGACCAUCCUAGUAAAAUGUUAUUUCUCUAACGUCCUAAGUGGAUGCUGGGGACUCCGUCAGG